AUGGAUGAGAAUGUACAAGUUGUGGUACGUGUACGACCAAUUGAGCGCGCAACCAAGUUCAAAGUGGAAAAAAACACCAUAUCAACGUUAGAUAAUCCUGUGAAAUCGUAUACCUUUGAUCAUGUAUUUGAUGAAUCAUCGACACAAAACGAAAUCCACUCAGAACUAUGCUCAAGAUAUGUAUUACAUACUCUGGAGGGAUACAAUACAUGUAUUUUUGCCUAUGGUCAAACUGGUUCGGGGAAGACUUAUACCAUGCGUGGAUCUGAUACAACCCCUGGAAUUAUUCCACUAGUAUGCCAUGACUUAUUCGAAGCUCUAUCUCUGGAUCAAUCCACUAUCUCUACGGUGGAUAUAACUUACUUCGAGAUUUAUAAUGAGAAACUAAUCGAUUUACUAGGAGAAACAUCUCCGCGGGUACGCGAAAAUAAUGAAAAGAAGACUUUUAUACAAGGAAUAACCAAGUUUAGGGUUAACAAAGUUGAGGAAAUAUUGCAUUACUUGUCUGCCGGUGACUCAAAAAGAUCAGUUGCUUCAACUAGAAUGAAUUUGCAAUCUAGCCGAUCUCAUGCGAUAUUCACACUUUCUAUCAAACAAACCGAACCAGACGGCUCCGUAAGAGAAAGUGAUUUAAAAUUAGUGGAUUUGGCUGGAAGUGAAAGAGCUAAAGCUACUAUUGGAAUUGAUGAUGGAAAAAGAAUGAAGGAAGGUGCUAACAUCAACAAAUCAUUAAGUACACUCGGUAGGUGUAUCUCCCAUUUGGCUAAGAAUUCAAAGAAUAUAACACCCUACAGAGACUCUUUGCUGACUUGGGUUUUAAAGGAAAAUCUUGGAGGAAAUUCCAAAACAUGCAUGAUUGCAUGUAUUUCUCCAUCAGAUCUUGACGAAACCAUGUCAACGUUGAGAUAUGCUACUACAGCUAAAGAGAUAAAACUUAACGCCAAAAUGAACGAAAUAAAACCAAACGAUAAUGAAGAAAUGAGAGCUGUUAUGGAAGCGGCAGCGACCAACAGAAAAGAGCUGGAAAAUCUAAAAGCAGAGAUGAGCAAUUUGCAGUCUGAGUAUAACAUUAAGUCGGAACAAUGGAAGACGCAUGAAAAAUUGCUUGAACGGUUCAAUCAUAUCAAUAAACUAAACGAUUAUUUAGAGGAUCAGCUUAGAAAUGAAAUAUCAAAAGUUAAACUUCUUCAAAGAGAAUACCAAAUAUCCAAAUCUGAGAUAAAAACUGCAUAUGGGGCAUUGACAGGUGUGAUUUCCGUCCUUCGUGAACCUAAUCCAUCUAGCAACAAGGUUUUUGGGCUGGAAUCACUAAUAUCAGAUAUAUCAGAAUUUGUACUUCAAUUAGAUAGUGAUAUUUCAAGCUUCGCAUGA